AGGGGACGGCGGUGGUCCGCCAUUUCGUGGACGCCGGGAGGUAGCGCGCACCGUCCGGAGCGGAGCCGGAGGCGAGCGGGGCGGCCUGUCGGAGCGUUGGGGUUUGAGCUUCGGCUUGUUGAACCCAGGGUCUCGAAAUGCAUCGUGAUUCCUGUCCAUUGGACUGUAAGGUUUAUGUAGGUAAUCUUGGAAACAAUGGGAACAAGACUGAAUUAGAACGGGCUUUUGGCUAUUAUGGACCACUCCGAAGUGUGUGGGUUGCAAGAAACCCUCCUGGCUUUGCUUUCGUUGAAUUUGAGGAUCCCCGAGAUGCUGCUGAUGCUGUCCGGGAGCUAGAUGGAAGAACACUAUGUGGCUGCCGUGUAAGAGUGGAACUGUCGAAUGGGGAAAAAAGAAGCCGAAAUCGUGGCCCACCUCCCUCUUGGGGUCGUCGCCCUCGAGAUGAUUACCGUAGGAGGAGUCCUCCACCUCGGCGCAGAUCUCCAAGAAGGAGAAGCUUCUCUCGAAGCCGGAGCAGGUCACUUUCUAGAGAUAGGAGAAGAGAAAGGUCUCUGUCUCGUGAGAGAAAUCACAAGCCGUCUCGAUCAUUCUCUAGGUCUCGUAGCCGGUCUAGGUCAAAUGAAAGGAAAUAGAAGACCAGUUUGCAGAAGUUCCCUUGAGCAAGAUUGAAUUUGGUUUGAACUUUAGUUUUUCAUAGACUGAAAUAAACCUAGAUCCUGCCCAGUUAAAGUGUGAUGUGCUAAUGAUAUAGAAACAACUGGCGGAAAUUGAACAUUCUUUGUUUGGAAAUGUAAAACCAAGAUACCAGUGUCCUAUCAGUUUAAGGGUACAUUGUAGAGUUAAACUUUGAGUUACUGUGCAAGAAUUUUUUUUUUCAUGCUGUCAUUUGUAAUAUGUUUGUGAGAAUCCUUGGGAUUAAAGUUUUGGUUACAAAUUUGUUGUUUAACUUGAAAGCCUGUUUUUCCUUGCACACACAAAUCUGUGAGCUUGGUAUCAAGUCCAGGUAUAACAUUCCUAUUGGAAGCCAUACUUAUAUUUUCUUGUAAAGUGCUUUGACUUAAUAAAAUACUGGCAUAAUUGUGUAGUAGUCAGUUGAGUGAGCCCAUUGUUGCCAUUGUUCUUAUCCCUGGGAAGCACUUGGCUGCCCAGUUCAUUCUCCCUGAGAAACAGCUGAGAGGCCACGGGGUUAGCUAAGGAAUUUUUCUUUGCUUUUUAUCUGAGAGUUAGCCAUUUUUAGGAGCUGAAGCCAGUUCAGGAUCAUGACACUUAGUGACUAACAUUUUAGGAGUGAGCACCAGUGUGGUAUAUUGUAACUCUGUUAAGUUGCCCAUAGAAUGUGGAUUUGAUCUUCACAAAGACAUUCAACAAAGUUUUUAAUUCAUUUCACUUCAUAACUUGGGUGUUGCAUGGGAUUCCAAACUGAAUCGUGAUGUACAGUCCACAAUACGGUUAAUGUAACAAUGCACAGUUAAAUAUGGAGGCAUGCAUACCCUUUCUCUUAGAAAUUGGAGGAGUUGUGGUUUCAGAUUUUUUGUGUGCAACUAGAUUAAAUCAUAAUGCAACAGUCUUGUGGCUUAAGUUUUCUUAAAUGUGAUCUUUUGAGAUAGUCUUUUGGAUGCUAUGCUGACUUUAAAAUAAAUUCAAUCUGUAAGCUUAUAAAUCGUC